CCUGGGUUGCUGGGUCUUCAUCUCAUCAUCAUCAACAACAACAACAACAUUAUCAUGAUAAUAAGCAUUGCACUGAUCUGGGCAGUAGUGGUGGGAUUCUGCUGCCUUUUAUGGCUUGCUGUGGGGAUACGACACAGGCAACCUGGUGAGCCUGUCGUUGAGAAUGGCUUCAUCCCCUACCUGGGUUGUGCUCUGCAGUUUGGGGCCAACCCUCUUAAGUUCCUCCGCAGCCGCCAGAAGAAGUACGGUCCUAUUUUCACCUGCAAGAUCGCAGGCCAGUACAUCCACUUCCUGUGUGACCCCUUCUCUUACCAUUCAGUAAUUAGACAGGGGAGACACCUGGAUUGGAGGAAGUUCCACUUUGCUACAUCUGUUAAGGCGUUCGGCCACGAUAGCUUUGAUCCUCGCCACGGUCACACCACAGAGAACCUUCACCAAACCUUUCUGAAGACCCUACAGGGGGAGGCUUUGCCCUCCCUGAUAGAGUCCAUGAUGGGCCACCUACAGGAUGUCAUGCUGACGUCCGACACACUCAGCCCUAGCAAGGACCACUGGGAGGUGGAUGGCAUCUUUGCUUUCUGCUACAAGGUAAUGUUUGAAUCUGGUUACCUGACUUUGUUUGGUAAAGAGCUUGGUGAAGACAGGCGCCAGGCUAGGGAAGCAGCUCAGAAAGCCUUGGUGCUCAACGCUUUGGAGAACUUCAAAGAGUUUGACAAGAUCUUCCCGGCAUUGGUGGCUGGCCUGCCCAUCCAUGUCUUCAAGAGUGCCUACAGUGCCAGAGAGAAUCUAGCAAAAACCAUGCAUGCUGAAAACUUGUCCAAGAGGGAGAACAUGUCUGAUCUGAUCGCUAUGAGGAUGAUCCUGAAUGAUUCCUUAUCUACCUUCAAUGACUUGAGCAAGGCCAGGACCCACGUCGCUCUGCUCUGGGCUUCACAGGCUAACACCCUGCCUGCUACCUUCUGGAGUCUCUUUUAUAUGAUCAGGAGCCCAGACGCUAUGAAACGAGCUUAUAAGGAAGUGCAGCAAGUUCUAGAGGAUUCAGGGCUGACGGUUGACCCGAGCAACCCUACACUGAACCUGACCAGGGAGCAGCUGGACAACAUGCCUGUUAUGGACAGCGUCAUUAAAGAAGCCAUGCGUCUUUCAAGUGCUUCUAUGAAUGUACGUGUUGCCAAGGAGGACUUCCUGCUUCACCUUGACAACCAAGAAGCUUACCGCAUUAGAAAAGAUGAUGUCAUUGCUCUAUAUCCACCCAUGCUGCACUACGAUCCAGAAAUAUAUGAGGAUCCCUAUGAGUACAAGUUUGACCGUUUCCUGGAUGAGAAGGGUCAGGAGAAACCUACAUUUUACCGCAAUGGCCGGCGGCUGCGUUACUUCAACAUGCCCUUUGGCUCUGGAGUCACCAAAUGCCCAGGCAGAUUUUUUGCUGUGUAUGAGAUCAAGCAGUUCCUGACUCUAGUGUUGUCCUACUUUGACAUGGAACUAUUGGACCCUGCUAUCAAAGUCCCACCUCUUGACCAAUCCCGUGCUGGCCUGGGAAUCCUCCAGCCUACCUAUGAUGUGGACUUCAGGUACAAGCUGAAAUCGAACUGCUAGGCUCUUUAUCAGGCAGAGUGAUUGUAGUACAUAGUGUACAUAGUGUAUAUUUAACAGUGUUAAUGAAUAAGCCUUUUCUGUAUAUACAAAUAGACUGAAUUAUAUCUUUUUGUUGAUUUAAUUUUCUGCAAAAGAACAUGUAUUCUGCACGUAUGGGUGGAGCCCUUAGAAACUGUUAAAAUCGCUCAGUGUAUCUGGUAGUGUUGUGACAAGCAUUUCCUGUCUCUGUUGAAGAAGCUAACAUCUAGAAUCUCAGAGUAAAAGUGUUGAGUUGCAUCUUCAAUUCCUGAAGAUGGACCUAGAGCCAUACAAAUUUAUAAAAUAAAUGUGGUUUUGCGUGUU